AUGAGGGCGGCACUGAGCAAGUCCCCGGAGAACAAGUGGGCACAUGUCGACAUCAACUACAGUUCCCCAAUAUGGGAAGAGCGUGUCGAAGCAAGUGAAGUUUUCAUCAUACCGACCGUGUUUUCCGGCCAAGGCACCCGUCUUCUCCUCUCCAUUGCUGAACAGGGCAUUGCCGAUCUGGCAAACAUCGCAAGUGAACUGAAACGCAAUGCUACUGCUACAGCAGAGAGCCUCAAUAUUGUCCGAUCGCAUUGGCUCCAGCAACUAGCCAAGAUGCGCAGUGUGUUAGGCCUAGACUUUGACGAAGAAGAAACCCGAGCCUACGCCCACCAGAUGUUCCUACCCUAUGAAUUGAAAGCGAUCCAGUGCAAGCAAACAUGUGACCUGGCGGAACACAUCGUCGAUAGAUUCGUCCAGCUUCAGAAGCUCGCGCGCAGUGUGUUGGCUAAGCAGGAGGAGAAGGGACAACAGAUCACCAAGACGCCAGAAGGGGUCAAGAAGCUCACCAUCGGCAUCAAGUGUAUCGAUAGUGUGUGGUUGGACAUCACUCGCUCCUGGUUUCGGCUGAGCCGUGCUCUGGAACAGAUUCGCGGCGCAGAGAUGAUGCUUGCAGAGACGGACCAGCAUGAAGAGAGCGCCGAGGAGCUCGAAGCUGCCCAUGUUUUGGACGAGAUUACCAGUACCAUGGAAGCGGAUGACGAGAGUGAAGGUGACGACGGUACUACAAUGCCAGAGCAAGUUCACCACUCUCUGGAAGGCGGCGAGAGCGCAACAUCGGCCACCCCGAGUCCAACACCGUCAGGAGACAAAAUCUCAUUUGCCAAAGCGUUUGAGAUCAUGAACAUCAAUGCAGUUGGCAUCGAGGAGAAGGAAGCCCUGGUCGCGACUGCAGACAAUAUUGAGGCCGGAGGAAACGCAGCGGGUCAGGCAAGAGACAGCGACGAGCCAAAUGGCAAACAAGACAGCGACGCGGGAAUCAUCUCUUCCUAG